AUGAUUUCAAAUCUGUAUUUUAUACUCAAGUUUAUACUUACUCGUUCGUUGUCGGAAAAAUGUGGACAAAAUAAUAAAAUAAUUGUCUCUAAACGCGAUGUUGCAGAAACCUCUGAUAUUACACGAAUAUUAGGUGGACAGCAAUCCAAUCGUGUGGAUUGGCCGUGGAUGACAAAUUUACUGUAUAAGGAGCCUAAUGGUAAAAAGUAUAGACAUUAUUGUGGCGGAAGUCUAAUAAGUAAUAAGUGGGUUUUAACGGCCGCACACUGUGUUGUUAUAGCUAAUACUACAAUUGAUGAAGUAACUGAAAAUAUGAAAUUAGAAUUUGGUCAAGAAAGUACAAGCAAUCGCAAGUGGAAAAAAGUGGUUAGAAAAAUAGCUAAGAUAAUUCAUCAUAGUCGUUUUAACGAAACACCAGCAAUACAUGACAUAGCUUUAAUAGAGUUAUCUAAACCGUUAGAUUUAAUUAAAGAUGAAGAUUUUUUGCAGCCAAUUUGUUUGCCAAAAUCAAAUAGGAUAACAAACAAAACUACGUGUAUAGCGAUCGGUUGGGGUGUAACAAAGCCGAAGGGUCUCCGAAUCUCCGAAACUUUACGAGAGGUGCGACUUCCGAUAAUUGCAGAUAACGAUUGUCAAUCUCAUUAUUUUAAAGAUUUUAAUAAAGACCUUCAAUUGUGUGCCGGCUAUUCAAACGACAACAGUCGUACGACCGGUGAAGGUGACAGUGGCGGACCACUUAACUGUCAAAUACCGAUAAUGAAUAAUUGGGUUAUUGAAGGUAUCACUUCAGUUAAAGGUAACGAUACAAAAUAUGGUCCCCUUCCGACUAAGUUUACAAAAGUUUCCGGUUAUUUAAAAUGGAUUCAUAAUAUAACCAAAAUUCCUAUUUAGUCAGUCAAUAUUGAUUUCAACUGUUGAUUAAUAAUC